GUCAAGGUUAAAUAUUUUUUAAAAAUAUAUGUUUUAUGGAGGGACUGCUUUUUGCUUCAGUGUGUGAUGAACUAUCGAUGAAUAUAUACGUUGUCGAUCAAUUUGCAUGGAUUUCUAACACGGGUUUUGAAUGUCAUGUUUGAUUCGUACUCCUCAAAGAUAGAAAUCAGAAUAGAUUGGAUAUUUGUCCAUUAGUGAAUUAGUUGCGUGAAUAAUAAUCAUUAUUUGCCAUUAACGCCAUUAAUCCCAAAAGGGAAAAAUAAGAAAUAGAAAGAUAGAAAUGAGAGAAAUAUGGAAUAAGUUCAAAUUAAAAUAAAGUCAAUUAUAUUUGUGGAUCCAACAUAAAAAUAAUAUUUUGAAUUACCGGUUAGUGAUUUUUAUAAACCCAGAUGGCACCUAAUAUCAUAAGCACGAAUCUUGAAAUGCACGCAAAGAAAGAUUUUCAAAAAGAAAAAUCUUCAAUCACCACGGAUAAUGAAAAUGAUAUGCAGAAUCGAAACAAAACACAUAUAAAGUCUGAAGGAUUGUUCAAAUUCAAGACGGAAUUAAAGUGCUGGAAUGCCAUAUCCAUUAUUCUUCUUCAUACAAGCAUGUUGUAUGCCUGUUACACUUUUAAAUGGUUCGAAGAUUUUAGGACAUUCAUUUGGAUGGUCAUCAUGGGUGUGAUACAAGCGCAGGGCAUUACUGCCGGUGCUCAUCGUUUAUGGACUCAUCGAGCUUACAAAGCAAAAAUGCCGCUUAGAAUUAUACUUUUAAUUUGUUAUUGCUCAGCUGGCCAGAAUAAUCUUUAUGAUUGGGUACGAGAUCAUAGAGUGCAUCAUAAAUACUCGGAUACGGAUGCGGAUCCGCAUAACAGCAACAGAGGAUUUUUUUUCUCCCACGUUGGCUGGUUGAUGAUGAAGAAACAUCCAGAUGUGAUUCGAAGGGGUCGUCAGAUCGAUAUGAGCGAUAUAUUGGCAGAUCCUGUCGCCGCGUUUGGUUACAAAUAUUUUUCGAUACUAAAAUUCAUUUUUGCCUUUUUACUGCCGAUAAUGGUACCUGUUUAUGGAUGGAAUGAAACCUGGUCUAGAGCUUUCAUAUCGCAGAUUAUACGUUAUACUAUCGGUUUAAACUGCACGUGGAGUGUCAACAGUGUGGCUCACAUCUGGGGCUCAAAGCCAUAUAAUAAGUACAUUAAUCCGACGGAAAACAGAUUCGUCGCCUUUAUAGCACUCGGUGAGGGCUGGCACAAUUAUCAUCAUAUGUUUCCAUGGGAUUACAAAGCGGCGGAAUUAGGCAACUACAUGUUUAACUUCACUACAAUGUUUAUUGAUAUGUUUGCAAAAAUCGGUUGGGCUUAUGAUCUCAAGCAACCGUCCGAAGAACUCGUUAAGACCGUCGUAAUGAAGAGAAAUGGCAGGAAUCAUUCUGUGCAGAAAAGUGUGUCUCAUUCAGACUGUAAAAUUAAUUAAUAAAGAUAAAUAUGUUUUUCAUGUUUUUUGGGAAUUCAGCAACAGAUCAUUCGAUUAAAAUGAUGUAGAAAUUCAACAGAUUUAUCAGAUUUUUUCAUUAAUUUAUCAAAUUUUCCAUUAUAAAUACUUGUAUGUAUAACAAACCGAUAUUAUACUUCAAUACGUAUACUUUAAUACGAGUAGUAUUUUUAAAAUAAUUUAAUCAGACAAAAUUUAAUAAUCAAAUUUUGACUUAUUCGUUCAACCUCAAGAAUAUAUUUGAAUAGGUUAAUCAGUUCAACCUGAUUUCAAAUGAUUUACAUAUUGCACAAACUAAAAUAUCUAUUAACUAGAAAAUAAA